UCCCGGCUGGUGAAUAAUUAAGCUCCCGCCUCCUCCUGGCCGGCCCUCCAUUUCUAGGUCCCACUCUGUAGCCUCCACCACCACCGCUGAGCAGUGGGCACCGGACAGACAGACGGUACCGACCCGGUGCUCCCAGCCCCGCGCACCAGCCUGCUGCUCAGCCCGGCGCAGCCGCUCCAUGGCCCCCGAGAUGGACCAGUUCUACAGGUCCACCAUGGCCAUCUACAAGAGCAUCCUGGAGCAGUUUAACCCCGCCCUGGAGAACCUGGUGUACCUGGGCAACAACUACCUGCGGGCCUUCCACGCCCUGUCCGAGGCGGCCGAGGUGUACUUCAGUGCCAUUCAGAAGAUCGGGGAGCAGGCCCUGCAGAGCUCCACCUCGCAGAUCCUGGGUGAGAUCUUGGUGCAGAUGUCAGACACCCAGCGCCACUUGAACUCUGACCUGGAGGUGGUGGUGCAGACGUUCCACGGAGACCUGCUGCAGCACAUGGAGAAGAACACCAAGCUGGACAUGCAGUUCAUCAAAGACAGCCGCCAGCACUACGAGAUCGAGUACCGCCACCGAGCUGCCAACCUGGAGAAGUGCAUGUCUGAGCUGUGGCGCAUGGAGCGCAAGAGGGACAAGAAUGUGCGGGAGAUGAAGGAGAGUGUGAACCGGCUGCACGCACAGAUGCAGACCUUCGUGUCUGAGAGCCAGCGGGCCGCUGAGCUGGAGGAGAAGCGGCGCUACCGGUUCCUGGCCGAGAAGCACCUGCUGCUUUCCAAUACGUUUCUGCAGUUUUUCGGUCGGGCCCGGGGGACGCUCCAGAACCGCGUGCUGCUGUGGAAGGAGCAGUCGGAGGCCAGCCGCAACCCGUCGCGGGCGCACUCCCCGGGCCUGCUGGGCCCGGUGCUGGGGCCGCCCUACCCCUCGGGCCGCCUGACGCCCACCCGCCUGGACAUGCCCCCGAGGCCUCUGGGAGAGUUCAGCUCCCCCCGCAGCGGGCACGGCUCCGGCCCCGGCCCCGGCUCCUACGGCCCCGAGCCCAGCGAGGCGAGGCCCGCGUCCCAGCUGGAGCCAGACCGCCGCUCCCUGCCCCGGACGCCGUCCGCCUCCUCGCUCUACGCCGGCAGCGCCCAGCGCUCGCGCUCCAACUCGUUCGGCGAGCGGCCGGGCGGCGGGGGCGGCGGCGGGGGCGCCCGGAGAGUCCGCGCCCUCGUCUCCCACUCGGAGGGCGCCAACCACACGCUGCUGCGCUUCUCGGCCGGAGACGUCGUGGAGGUGCUGGUGGCGGAGGCCCAGAACGGCUGGCUCUACGGCAAGCUGGAGGGCUCGUCCACCAGGAGCGGCUGGUUCCCCGAGGCUUAUGUGAAGCCAUUGGAGGAGGUGCCCGUGAACCCCAUGAACGCCUUGACCCCCGUGACCUCCAUGAACCCCAUGAACGCCUUGAACCCCAUGACCUCCAUGAACCCCAUGAACCCCUUGAACCCAGUGACCUCCAUGAACCCCAUGAGCCCUAUGAAUGAGCUACCUUCCAGGUCCUACCCGCUCCGGGGCAGCCACAGCCUAGACGACCUCCUGGACCGGCCGGGCAACGCCACAGCGCCCUCAGAGUACUGGGACGGCCAGCCCCGCUCGAGAACUCCCAGCCGGGUCCCGAGCCGCGCCCCCAGCCCCGCACCUACACCUUUGCCUGGCAGCCGCCGAGGCAGCAUGGGCAGCACGGGGGUGGCCAGUGACAUCAAGAAGCUCAUGUCCUGGGAGCAGCAGCCACCAGAGCUCUUCCCUCGGGGCACUAACCCCUUUGCCACCGUAAAGCUGCGUCCCACUGUCACCAAUGACCGCUCGGCGCCCCUCAUCCGCUGAGCGCCUUCCUCCAUCAGGGGUCUGAGGUCGCCCCGCCACCUGCCCAGGAGCUGUCCAGAGCUGGCGGCAGCAGCAGCAGCAGCCGUGGAUCCAAGACGCCGGGGCCCUGAUCCUGGUGGGGGGCACCCUUGCCCUGACCAAGUCCCCAGCCUGAGCAGCUCCGAGGGCCCCGGCAUGGGGUCUGGGACCCUAAAAAUAAAGCAGGCGGAAUGGGGCCAGCACCACUUCUUCCCGUCCAGGGGCCCCAGGACUCUCCCUGGGGGCCUACCUCACGCCCCCAUCCUCUUUCCCCUUCUCCACCCCAGUGGGGAGGAGCCCCUUACACACCCUCCCCCACCCGCACUUGUCCCCUUUUAACUUUUGUAAACAGUGAGAAAUAAAGCAAGUGGACAGGCA